GGAGCCAGCGCUGGGACAGAGGAGUUUCUCGCUGGGUCCAAAGUUGGUCAGUGAUCUUUGUAAACAUGAUCCAGCCCUCGUCUUGCAUUUUGGCGCUCUGUUGUUUGUCGUGUGUGCUUGGCACAGGUAUGAACCCGGGACAAAAGCUGUCAAAUGUGAACGGGCUGCAGGGGAAGUUUAGCAGGGAUGAGGAGCGACAUGGUGCAGAGAAGAAGGAGCUGUGGAGACGCAGCGCAGGACUGAAUGAACAGACAUGCACUGAAGUGGCUGAAGCUGAGGCAACCCUGCAGAACAACACCCAUUCUUUCACCUUCAAAGUGCGGACCAUGGGUUCACUUUCACUGGCCUGGGUGGGAGAUGGUUCUGGGGUGCUUCUGGUGUUGACCACAUUUCAGGUCCCGCUGUUCAUGAUGCGUUUCGGUCAGUCCAAUCUCUACAGGAGUGAAGACUACGGGAAGACAUUCAAGGAUGUGACUCACCUGAUCAACCACACCUUCAUCCAGACAGAGUUUGGCAUUGCCAUCAGUCCUGACCACUCUGGGAAAGUGAUGCUCACUGGGGAUGUCUCAGAGAUUGGUGGCUUCAGACUGUUUCGCUCUCAGGACUUUGGAUUGACUUUUGUUCCGACGGACCUGCCAUUUGAGCCUCUCAUUCAGAUGCUGUACAACCCGGCAGACUGCAAUGUGCUGCUGACGCUCAGCAUUACGCUGGACCUGUGGCUCUCUGAGGACUUUGGUGCCACCUGGAGGAAGAUUGAUGAAGGUGUUUGUUUGGUCAGAUGGGGCCAAAAAAACAGCAUUUACUUUACUACAAACUACAAUGGAUCAUGCACUGAUAGAGGAGAGUUAGAGUUAAGGAAGACAACAGACUACGGUCGAAGUUUUAAAACCAUUGCAACACGAGUUUACUCUUUUGUACUUGGAGGGCGCUUUGUGUUUGCUUCAAUCAUGACUGGCACGGGUACAGAGCGUAUGAUCCACGUGUCGGUGGACGGAGGUGAGGUGUGGAACAUGGCUCAGCUUCCUACCGUCAACCACGAGCAGUUUUACUCCAUCCUGACAGCCAAUCAGGACAUGAUCUUCAUGCAUGUGGACGACCCCGGAGACUCAGGCGUUGGAACUGUCUACGUGUCAGAUGACAGAGGAACCGUCUUUUCCAAGUCCCUAGAGCGCCAUCUUUACACUACCACAGGAAGUGAAACCGACUUCACUGUCAUUGCUUCACUAAGGGGUGUCUACAUGACAAGCGUCCUCUCAGAGGAUGGUGCUGUGGAGACAGUGAUCACAUAUGACCAAGGAGCAAGAUGGCAGACGCUACACAGACCAGAGAACAGCAACUGUGACGCUGAAACUUCCACGCGCUGCAGACUGCACAUCCACGCUUCCUACAGCACCACCAUGAAGAUGAACGUCCCCAUGCUGCCUCUUUCGCAAUCUAGUGCUGUUGGCCUCAUUCUGGCUCAUGGCAGUGUUGGGGAUGCAGAGUCAGCUCUCUCUCCUGAUGUUUAUGUUUCUGAUGAUGGAGGCUACACAUGGAUGUUGGCUCUCAAAGGUCCACAUCAUUACGCCAUCCUUGACUCUGGUGGGCUUCUGGUGGCCGUAGAGCACACCAACUCACCUGUCAACCAGAUAAAGUUUUCCACAGACGAGGGGCAGUGCUGGCACACAUAUAACUUCACAAGUGACCCACUUCACUUCAGUGGGAUGGACAGUGAGCCUGGCUCUCGCUCCAUGAAUGUCAGCCUGUGGGGCUACAGGAAUGACUUCAGUAAAUGGAUCGUGAUCACCAUAGACUUCAGGAAGCUCCUCACCAGAGACUGUGCUGAUGGAGACUUUGUGCAGUGGCUGUCUCAUUCUGCAGACCCUAGUGGAUCUAGUGAUGGCUGUGUGCUGGGAUACAAAGAGACAUUCCUACGCUUGAGGAAAGGUUCUGUCUGCUGGAAAGGGAGGGACUACGCUGUGGCCAAAAAGUUGGCCCCCUGUCCAUGUACACUAGAUGAUUAUCAUUGUGAUUUUGGAUAUUACCGUCCAGAGAACAGCUCAGAGUGUGUAGAAGAGGAGGAGCUGAAAGGACGUCCUCUGGAGUUUUGUUUAAAUGGGACCACAGAGGAACUGCAGACCAGUGGCUACCGGAAGAUUCCUGGAGACCAGUGUGAGGGAGGUUUCCAGCCAGACAGGAAGGAGACAGACCUGAGGAGACUUUGCACCAGCAAUGCCCUUUCCCGAAAUUCUCCGACCGAAAGCAGUUCAGCAAACACAGCUAUCGUAGUGAUUGUUGUCAUAGCAAUCCUGCUGACCAGUGCUGUUACAGGUGUUUGGCUGGUUAAGAAAUACGUCUGCGGUGGAAGGUUCCUCGUGCAUCGAUACUCUGUAAUGAGGGAACAUGUUGAGGCUGAUAAAAUAGAAGGAGUUGAUGAUGUUGACCCUCAUUACAUGGAGACAGGGAAAACACAGUACAACGAAGACUCAGAUCAGGACCUCUUAGAAUAAGGUGAUUUCUUCAAGACUAAACCUAAUGCAGUCUUCCAUGAUGCCUGGGCACUCCUGUUGCUGAUUAACUUCUCACUCUCCCUGUCCUCCUGGUGUCCAGAGGACUAAACAGCAACCUAUUCUGCUUCCUUGUACCAGUUGAGGCUCCCUAAAAAAUGCUUACUGUCAGUUUGAGAAGGGGGGUACAAACCCAGCACAGAACAAAAGAAAGCCUCUGAGAUCCUGAAGAGCUUUUGUUGUUUCUGUCACAAAGAGUUUUGCAAAGACUGUUAAGUCUGAAUAUGUGCUCUGUUGUAAAAAGUGUGUUUUUAUACUUUGACCUGAGGAAAAAAAAGGUUUUUCUUAUUGUUAUGCACUGCAGAAGCAUAGUACAUGGGCUCUGACAUGGAUAUAUAGACUAACAGAUAUUCUAUAAAGUGUUAGAGAAGAGCACAGAAGAUAUAAAUCAGUAUUUUAGCUCAGAGAUUAUGUCUGCUGUCAGUUAGUUUAAUACUAAUUUUUUUUUAGAAGCUCACAAUGUGCUGUUCUGUUGACUACGGCAGCCCUUUAAAUAUUCAUUCAGUCAGUUUCACACGUCACUAAAAUUGUGACUGUUUUAUGUUUUUAAAAGCUACUCAAUAUGAAUCACUUGUAUAUCAUAAUUUCCUUUAGUUUAGUGAUUCCUGUAAUGGUUGAAGAGUGUUUUAACUAGAAGUGUUUCUAUUUUUUAGCAUAAAUAGUCAAUUUUUUACAAUGAAAAAUAAUCAUAGAUUCCAAUCAAAGGAAGCUGUUUUUAAUUAAAAGAGGCCCCUUUUAUCUUAUGCUGUUUUAAAAUUUUAUUUAUAAUUAUUGUAAAAUUGACAUAGUUUUUAUUGUAAUUACAAAUAUAUAUCAACAUUUAACUUUAAAGCUCCUGUGAAAAACUUGCUUUGUGUUGAUUCCAGUGUCCCCUGCUGGCAAAGCUGUACAUUUUGUCUUCUACACUUUGGUAUUAAUUAAAAUAGUUCCAGCCCUGCGACUGACUUGCGACCAGUCCAGGGUGUACCCCGCCUCUCACCCAAUGACAGCUGGGAGAGGCUCCAGCUCCCCCUCCUGUGACCCCGAACGGGAUAAGCGGUAUAGAAAAUGGAUGGAUGGAUAAAACAAUUCCCACUUCCUUUCUUUUAACAACCAAAUGUUCCAAAUUAAGGAAAAUAUUCGCAAAAGCUGCUUAUCUUACACCAUACCCCCUGGCAGGGAUUUUGGCUGUUAAUAAUAGAAAAAUAGAAAUAAUUGUUUGUUGCUUAUGAUUUGCAGUACUGUGCUUAAUGGGUCAUGAAAAGGUCAUAAAGGUAUUAAUUUCAGUCUGUUUCUCAACCAGCUAGAAACUGUUCACAGGAGUUUUAAGUUAAAGCAUCCACUGCAUUGUUGGUAGGCCCACCAUUCAAAUUAAUGAUUUGUUACUAAAUCCAUGGAAAUUAAAGGAAAAAAAUAGUCAAACUUAUAACCAUAAUGAACUCCUAAAAAUGCCAGCAUAACAUUUUUAGUGCCUUGUGAAACUUUUUGAAUAGUUUAAAAGCGCCAGCAAUCUUUGUGAAGGUGUCUUUUUUAAUAUAGUGCAGCUUCAUGAAACCAAUAUCUUUGCUCCCCUGUAUAUGUGGUGAAAAUGAAAGACUUGAAUUAUUGCCAAAGCACUUUUAUUGUUGAUUUUCUAAUUUUAGAGAGAUUGAAGAGGUAAAAGCUCAUCAUAGCCAAGCAUUAUAUCAGUAUGAAGGCAUUUCUAACCUGAACCCUUUACUUGAAUUGUCAGUUUUUUUGUUUAACAGGAUGCACAAAUAUAUAUCGCUGUUGUGGUGAUUUGUUUCUGUUCUUUGAUUAAUUUGAUUGGUAUUUCCUAAUAUCAGCCAACACCAGUAUGCAUGUGUCUAACAAUUCUAAUAUCAGGUCUCUGUUGUGAAGGAGACCUCAGUGAGCAUACCUAAAUUAAAUUGACUAUACAUGUAAAAAGCAGGCUAAAUCCUGAAGGUUGGUCAUUUUUAAGAACCGUACUGAAUUGUUUCCAUUGCCAUUUCGGAAAGCAGAAAAAUUGUAAAGCAGAAACACUUUGAUGGGAAACACAAAACAGUUGCAGAGUUGCACCGAUUCAGAUUUUUAAAGCUUCCUUUAGCCAGUCUUAUAUUGGUGCAUUUCAAUCUGAUUGUCCCACAGAUGUUGCAAAAUAGCCACAAUGACAGAACUACCAAAUGGAUUGAGUUACAUCUAUUCUAAGUCUACACCUUUGCUGUUUAUUUUAUUUUAUUUUAUAUUAUUUUUUGUAUGAGGGUGGUUGGCAACCAUUUUUUGUUACAAAGUGUAAUAAUAGUAUUUUUAGAUACUUGCAGGGCUUCUUGCUGCAGCUUGAUCUCUCCAGCAAACUCAAUAAUAUCCCAGAGAAUAAGCUAUUGUAAUAAGCUGGCCUGAUGUAGAGGCAUUUUCUCAAGGAAUGUUGGGUGAACUUUGAUAUGAAAGCAAACUCAUAUGCUUGAUGCUUCUUUAUUUACACAACUGUUAAUAAGAACAAACCCAGCUUUUAACUGGAUUCAAUUAUAUAUUUUUGCACUGUACCUACCGAUCUGUGAAAAAAAUUACAUUUGUUCUUCCUUGUGCAUCAAAUUUUUGUGAAGUAUACGGGCCAGGAGUUGUGAUCUUCAUUCCAUCCUGUUUCUUGACUGUUUGCAAGGAUAUCCGAGAUGAUUACCUUUGAAUAAAACUAUUCUGUAACAAA